GCUCCACGGUGGCAUUCUUGCUAGGUUUCUUGGUGCACGUGCAGGCAAUUCCUCUCAGUGAGAGAGACCUAUGUGUGUGUGAGCAUUUUCUGUGUGUGUGCGGGUCUCUUGCUGUGAGAGAGCGGCAGAAGCUGCGUUUGCAAAGGCUGCAGACUGUUCUCUGUAGAGUCACUUGAUCAUCACGAUCGAUGUACGGGGUGUGCGGUUGUUGUGGUGCCCUGAGGCCUCGCUACAAGAGGCUGGUGGACAACAUCUUUCCAGAGGACCCUGAGGAUGGGCUAGUGAAGGCAAACAUGGAGAAGCUGACAUUCUACGCCCUGUCAGCUCCGGAGAAGCUGGACCGUAUCGGGGCCUACCUGUCUGAGAGGCUGUCCAGGGAUGUGGCUCGCCACAGAUACGGCUACGUGUGCAUAGCGAUGGAGGCCCUGGACCAGCUGCUGAUGGCCUGCCACUGCCAGAGCAUCAACCUCUUCGUGGAGAGCUUCCUCAAGAUGGUGCGCAAGCUGCUGGAGUCGGACAAACCCAACCUCCAGAUCCUGGGCACCAACUCGUUUGUGAAGUUCGCCAACAUAGAGGAGGACACGCCGUCGUACCAUCGCAGCUACGACUUCUUCGUCUCGCGCUUCAGCGAGAUGUGCCACUCCAGCUACGAGGACCCCGACAUCCGCACCAAGAUCCGCAUGGCAGGCAUCAAGGGUCUGCAGGGCGUGGUCCGGAAGACGGUGAACGACGAGCUCCAGGCCAACAUCUGGGACCCCCAGCACAUGGACAAGAUCGUUCCCUCGCUGCUCUUCAACCUGCAGAGCGGGGAGGGUGUGGAGAGCCGCUCUCCAUCAGAGAAGGAGAAGGAGAGCCCGGUGGAGCUGACGGAGCGCUGCUUCAGGGAGCUGCUGGGGCGCGCCGCCUACGGCAACAUCAAGAACGCCGUCACGCCCGUCCUCAUGCACUUGGAUAACCACUCAUUGUGGGAGGGCAAGACAUUUGCUGUGCGCUGCUUCAAGAUCAUCAUGUAUUCCAUCCAGUCCCAGCACUCUCACCUGGUCAUCCAGCAGCUCCUGGGCCACCUGGACGCCAACAGCAAGUCCUCCGCCACCGUGCGGGCCGGCAUCGUGGAGGUGCUCCUGGAGGCGGCCGCCAUCGCGGCCAGCGGUUCAGUGGGCCCCACAGUGCUGGAGGUGUUCAACACCUUGCUGCGGCAGCUGCGUCUGAGCGUGGACUUUGAGCUGACUGGCUCCUACGACCCGGGCAGCAGCAUGGGCACCAAGAUCAUCAAGACCCACGGAGAGAGACAGCUGCAGGAGGCCGUCAUCAGAACCAUCGGGUCGUUUGCCAACACGCUGCCGACCUACCAGAGGUCAGAGGUCAUGCUCUUCAUCAUGGGCAAGAUCCCUGUGCCUGGCGUCCACCCUGCACUGUCCUCCUCGUGCUCUGGGCCUGAAGGAACCAGGAUGAUCCAGAUCAUGCUUCUCAAGUCCCUGGUACAGGUGACGGCGGGCUUCCAGACCACCAACAUGCUGACGGCGCUGCCCAGCUCGUUCCUGGAGCCGCUGCUCUCCUUCUCCCUCACCGAAGACCCCGAGGUCCGCCUGCUGGUGAUCCACAUCCUGCUCAGCCUCAUCGAUCGCCACGACAACCGCCCCAAGUUCUCCGCCAUCAGCAUUAUCUCGGAUAUCUCUGUGCUCAAGCUGAAGGUGGACAAGUGCUCCAGACAAGACAACUUGUUCAUGAAGAAGCACGGCCAGCAGCUCUACCGCCACAUCUACCUGGGCUGCAAGGAGCAGAGCAGCGGGCGGCAGCACUACGAGAACCUCUACAACCUGCUGGCCCUGCUCAGCAUGGAGCUGGCCAACGAGGAGGUGGUGGUGGACCUCAUCCGGCUGGCGCUCGCCCUGCAGGACCUGGCACUGUCCACGGAGGAGUCCAUGCCCGUGUUCAACCGCUGUGCUAUCCACGCGCUCGCUGGCGCGUACCUCAACCUCAUCUGUCAGCUGACCACAGUACCCGCCUUCUGCCAGCACAUACAUGAGGUAAUUGAGGUGAGACAGAAAGAAGCCCCCUUCCUUUUGCCGGAGGACAUCUUCAUAGAAGGGCCCAAGCUACCUCCCUCUCUGGAGAAGGUGGAAGGGGAGGUGCUUUUCCUCCAGUCCAAGAUCACGGAGGUCCUGGGAGGCAGCGGCUACAACAUAGACCGGCUGGCCACGCCAUACAUCCCCCAGUACACCGAUGAGGAUCGCCUCUCCAAGAGGAAGAGCAUCGGGGACAACAUCUCCCUCCCGCCAGAAGACGAGUCCCGUAACAGUCCUGAGAAAGAGGAGCGUACCCCAGCAGAGGAGAUCACGUUUGAAACGCUCAAAAACGCCAUUGUGGACAGUGUGGGUAUGGAGGAGCAGGAACGGGAGCGUAGGCGACAGGUGGUCGAGAAGUUCCAGAAGGCCCCGUUCGAGGAGAUAGCUGCCCACUGUGGCGCCAGGGCCACGUUACUGCAGAGCAAGCUGAACCAGAUCUUUGAGAUCACCAUCAGACCCCCGCCCAGCCCGUCGGGAACCAUCUCGUCGGGCUACGGCCAGACCCAGAGCCGCUCCGUACCCGUCUACGAGAUGAAGUUCCCAGACCUCUGCGUGUACUAGCUGGGGGGGUGGGGGUGGGAGGGGGGUGUCAUAGCUCUGAUACGGUCAUCGCGGGUAAAUACCCACUUGCUGAAGUCGGGGUAGAAGAAAACGCGAAAGCUUCCUCGGUCAGUAGUAGCCUGCAAUCAAACAAAGCCCGGUGGAAGGCCGGAGGAACCCUCCAGUUGUUCGAAGCCAAACUUAAUAGAGCAAGCUAACUUUAAUUAUUUAGCUGCCCAAUCGUCGCUUCCCAGUCGUUUCUAGGAUUAUUAUUAUUUUAUUUUAUUUUGAUUUUUUGCCAAGAGACAUUGCCAAGAGCCGUUGACAAAUCUGCAACCGUAGAUUCUUAAGUCCUCGUUCAAACUGACCUGCUGCAUGCCCUACGCGUCUUAAUGUUGUCCAUGACCCCUUUUACACAAGGCUGUUUUUGUUUUGUUUUCGUUUCCCCGUGACGCCUGGGCGGUCGACCCUUGGGAGCCAUCUUACCUGGCAACAGUAAAACAUAAUGGUCCUGUAAACUGUAGGCCAGGUUGUUAAAUUUACUAUUUAGGGUCAUUGGAGGAAUGCAUAGGAAAGCACAUCCGUGCUUUGGUUUCCAUAGCUUAAGUCGUCACUGACUGACGAUUUGACCCAAUGUUUAAGGGAUUCCAAGCAUCAUGUUUGUUUGUUUUUAAACAAAUGCAUUGAAAGGUUUAAUUUUUUUCUACCUUUUUAUUUAUUGUUCUGUUUUUAUUCCUCUUCCUUUCUAAUUUUAAUGUGGGGCCAUUACGCCUACCUUGUUUUUAUCAUCCUAACUGUGGUAAUUAAUUUGCUUUGCUUUCAACAGGUAAUUAAUUGUCUUUGUGUGUCCCUCUCAAAGCGAGUGUUGCUGUCUGUUGACGAAUGCCGGCUGCCUGAACACUGUGGCACUUAGUCCGGUCCCAGCCACUCCACUGAACCGCACUACAUAUAAACAAACCCACAGCUCGUGGCCGCAGCAGCCUGAGUGUUGAACCCCCAAAUGGUGAGAAGAUUCAGAAAAACAAGCAGGACCAGAUCAAUCAAGCAGCCAGUGUGGUCUCAUUAAACCACACUGGCUGUACUCGCUGCUCCACACACAUUUGUAUAUAAGCCCAGAGUUGUAAAUAUCCCCGGAAAGCAGAUUUGUAGGAGGGUUGAGUGUGUGUAUAUACCUUUACUUGUAUAUAUAUAUAUAUUACUAAAUAAUAUGCCUAAUUUUCUUUCAUUGCACUGAUUCGGGCCAUAAAUAAGUAAAGUUUUUUAAUGCUCCUUAAAUCAACCGAAGCAGCAGUAAAACAAUGGACUAAAUACGGUAGAGUCAUUUGUCCAGGUGAUGCCAGGAAACAGGACUUUCAUUCGUCUGUAAAACAAAAUAUAUAUGUAAUCGUAAAUUGUCUCGAUGGUCGCGGGAGAACAAGAACUUGGCCCGUAACUUACUACAAUACUGGUUUAUAUGGCUAGUUUUAUUUAUUACAAUUUAAAGCCAACACACACACACACACACACACACACACACACACACACACACACACACACACACAGGUGUAUAACGGCAAUAAUUUGUUUUGAGCGCAACGCCAUUCCUCAAAAAUGAUGCCAUUGGGGACAAUGUAGAGCGAGAUGGUGGGCUACAUAGGACCCCCAUCACUCCUCUGUACGACAACGAUACAAUGCUUCUCCAACCACCUCCAACCGGCUCUCCUGUGUUUCUGUCACAUGACCGCGUUGGGCUUGCCGAAUGUAGCUGCCAAUACAAUCCCAUCAUCCUGUUCUAUUGAUUAUGUUUGGAUUGUCCGGCGGCUCCCCUAUGUUUUGCUGCAGCUGUCCGCCAUGUAUUGUCUUGUGACCGUAUACGUAUGAUUGUCCACAUAAGCCGACAUUGACCUGUGUACAUUUUCCUCUGUGUGUGUGUGCGUGUUUGUAUUAUUGUUACUAUUAUUAUUGUUAAUCGUACUGUCUGUCAAGUGUUAAUCAUGUUUUAUGUGUGUGUCUGGCAUUCAUGCAAAUAAUAUUCCAUGUGUCUUUUAAAACGAUUACUACCCAAGACCGAACUAUUCAAAUACAGUUUACAGUAAAAAAUAAUGAUCCCAGUUGUUGACCCCGUGUCUCAAGCAGUGAGCCCGUCUCAAUGUUUUUCAACCACACUGAUAUUUUGCCACAUUUGUACUCUUGUUUUUACACCAUCUUGUGAUUUUUGAAGUGAACGCGUGUGAUACCGUCAACAUGAUUGUCGUGGUCGCAAAUGCCUACCGACUCAUUCCACAUUAGUUUCCGUCAACAUUUACAUGUCUGGUAAUAUGUAUAUGUUUACAAUGUAGUGCUGUAGGUCAAGUGGACUGUGAACUUUGCACUUUACAACUGGAUUAUCUAGUGACACAGGCAGCUUUUAUAUGGAGGAAAUGCCUUACCCAAGUGUCAGUCCCUAAAUUGCAUGCUGUUGCUGUAGCUGUGUUGUACAGUUCAAUGAGCAUUGUGGAAAUAAACUCUUAAGUGAUCAUUAUGAAGAGUGUGUGUGUUUGUCUCCAGCGCUGGUUUUUCAGGGAUUUUAAGAUAAAAGGUUUCUUCCUGCCGAACUGAAAGCUUGAAAUUAUCUAACUUUGCAUGAAAAUAUGUCAUCGACUUGCAUAACAAUGCAGUUCAAAUCCGAACAUCUCGCAAUUCCAUACAAUUAAAAACACUUGCAGUUCAAAGCCACGACAGUGUGGUGCUCUUAAAUAAUUAUUUGAAAGCUUAUUUAUUAGGCUGUUGCUUGUUAACAUCCUCAGGUAAUUGGCAAACAAUUUGCCGAUUUCCAUUAACCACUGGAAACGUGAAGAGAAUAGGCAGUUUCUUUUUAAUUCAUGCUUUCAGACAUAAACCUAUGCUCUAAAUAGGAAUAAUAUUAACUUAUUUACAUUGACAUACUUUGAUAUCUCAUCGUGUAUAGUCAUGGGUAGUUGGAGCUCUCUUUUAAAUUAUGUAG